UGUUUUUACGGUCGAAAUGGUUUAUUAUAGAAUAUAAAAUAAAACAUGUAUAUAAUUUUAAGUCGUACAGUAUAUAAUACAACACAAUUUUUAUGUUCAUUCAAAGGAAUAAAUAAAAUAUUUCUUGUAAUUAAUUCAAAAGUAUAUAAUAAAUAUUAUACUUUUUAUAAUAAAUCGCAUAUAUUACAAAAUAAUUCAUGGAAAGUAUUAUUUUUUGGUACAGAUGAAUUUGCAGUUGAAAGUUUGAAAAUCUUGUAUAAUAAAUAUAAAUCUAAAGAGCUAGAACGGCUAGAAAUUGUUACAAAUUAUAAAAUAAAAGAAAAUCCUGUUGUAAAAUAUGCAAAACAAAAUAAAAUUAUUGUACAUAAAUGGCCAGUUGAAAUUAAUAAAUCAGAAUUUCACAUUGGAAUAGUUGUCUCAUUUGGUCAUUUAAUUCCAUCUACAAUCAUAAAUGCAUUUCCAUUAGGUAUGUUAAAUGUACAUGGUAGUUUAUUACCAAGAUGGAGAGGAGCAGCUCCAAUAAUUUAUACAUUAAUUAAUGGAGAUUUACAAACAGGAGUUACAAUAAUGAAGAUAAUGCCAAAAAAAUUUGAUAUAGGAGAAAUAGUAUUGCAAAAACAAAUAAAUAUUGAUGAACAUGAAACAAUGCCAAAAUUAUAUACAAAAUUAGCAAAGCUUGGAGCAAAUCUUUUAAGAGAAACAUUUGAAAAUUUAUUGGAAUUAUUACAAUUUGCAAAACCUCAAGAUGAAACUAAUAUAACAUAUGCACCAAAAAUAACAUCAAAAAUAUCUUUAGUUAAUUGGAAUGAAAUGUCUGCCACAAAUGUUUAUAACUUACAUCGUGCUCUUCUGGGUUUGUAUAAUUUAACUACAUCAUUUCAAAAUGUAAAAAUAAAAUUGCUUGAUAUUCAAAAAAUUGAAUCAAAAAUAAUAGCAACAAAACUUAAAGAAGAAAAUGCAGGUGUUGCAAUAUAUAGCAAAAAGAAUAAUGCAUUAAUUAUAAAAUGCAAAGAAAAUAGUUUUGUUUCUGUAAAAAAAAUAAUUGUUCAAGAUUCUUUCUUUUAUUGAAUUAAAUUAGCUUCAAGAUAUAUUCCUAGUAACAAUUUUAAAUCAAAGAUAAAAAUAUCCAUAAAUAAGUUUUAGCCUAAUUUGUUGCUUUGGCUGCUUCAAAAUUAUACGAAGUGUAGGUGUAUUAUCCAUCUUUUAUGAAGAAUUGUUCCCAUUUUCAUAUAAAAGUGAUUUUUUAACUGGUGGAUCAAGACAGGUGAAAUGAUAACAUUUUUUACAUUCAUCGCACCUAAAAAAUUAAAAUUAAUAAAUUCAUAAAUUCGGAAUUUGUUUAAAAAAAUAAAUAUUUAAUGUAUUUAUAUGAACUGACAUAACGAGAUUUUGACUGGUGCCAGGCAUAUCACAGACAUUGCAUUGUGUUAAAAGGUCUGUAUCUUUUCCUCUUUUUCCGUUUCCCGUAGAUGUUCUACUUGUAUUAUUAGUAGAUGCAUUUGAUGUUACAGGUGUAGUAUUUGAAGUCAAAGAUGGAACAGAUGGAGGUGGUAAUUUAGGAAGUGGCGGUGGUGAUGUAAUUUCUGUACUAGUAGAUGU